CCUGGGGCGAGAGGAACACCGGUUGGAACUAUGGCUUACUUUAACAUAAGUUAAUUUGUUGUGGAAAAGUUAGUUUGAUACGGUUCUACAAAUCAGAGAAGGAACAAUAUAAUAUUUUCAUCAAGUCUCCACACCUUUGAAUGCGAACGCAAUGUCUUUUAACCAUGAAACGCCGUUAAACAUUGGGAAUAGCGGUGAAAAACUUUUAAUGUUAGGUCUUUGCUGGAGAAGACAGACUUCUCAGAGAUGAAUUUCGGUGUGCCAGCAAACGCUCUCCUGUUUCGUGCUUGCGAUGAGGGCGACUACGAGAGCGCCAAGCGGAUUCUUGAACCUGGGGCGAACGAUUCGGGGACGCAGUGCCGAAGCCUGCGUUUGGAUGCGGCGUCCGAGUGCAGUGUCGAUACCACCCGGGGAGUCUCCCUCGUUCCCGUUGACUGCACAGACGAGGAGGGGAACACGGCCCUUCAGUUCUCCGCCGCCAGCGGACAUGAGAAUCUGGUCCGGUUCUUGCUCAGAAAGGGGGCUUCAGUGGACAGUCGAAAUAACUACGGCUGGACGCCACUAAUGCAAGCUGCGAGGUUUGGUCACCUGACAGUGGCGCUCAUCCUGUUGGAGCAUGGGGCGGACGUCAACGCCCGCAACCGCGUGGGCGCCAGUGUCCUCAGCAUGGCAGCGCGUGGAGGCCACUGCCACGUGGCCAAACUCCUUCUCGAGUCGGACGCCUUCGUGGACGACUAUGACCACCUGGCCAUCCCUGAGGCCCCCAGCGUGGACAGCGGCAGCGGCAGCGGCGGCAGCAUCGGCGAGGGCGUGUCCGGCGAGGACUGGGGCAGGGAGUUCCUGGAGGUCACUCCGCUGCUGGUGGCGUGUCAGCUGGGCCAGGAGGCCAUGGUGCGGCUGCUGCUGGAGUGGGGCGCCGACGCCAACUCCGCCCAGAAGUCCACGGGCUGGAGCGCCCUCAUGCUGGCCACCGCCGCGGGCAAGGUGAGCGUGGCACAGCAGCUGGUGGAGAGGGGCGCUGACCCGGACCACCUCAACGCGCUGACCAAGACCGCCUUCGAGCUGGCGCUGCAGCUCAAGCAGAAGGAGGUGAAGAACUACCUGGACGCCAUCACCACGGUCAGACCACAGUCAGACGACGAGAAGAGGAGGCCUGAUAUCUUCAGAGCUCUAAAAUUAGGUAACGCGCAGCUGGUGCGGGAGAUCCUGGACGAGGAGCCGGCGCAGGUGAACGUGGCCAACGCUGACGGGGCGUCCUCGCUCAUGCUGGCGGCGGUGAGCGGUCACCUGGAGAUGGUGCAGCUGCUGGUGGACCACAGCGCCGAUAUGGACAAACAGGACACUGUGCACGGCUGGACAGCACUCAUGCAGGCCACUUACCAUGGUAAUAAGGACGUGGUGAAGUACCUUCUGGGCCAGGGAGCGGAUGUAAACCUGAGAGCCAAGAACGGAUACACCGCCUUUGACCUGGUCAUGCUACUAAACGACCCUGACACAGAGCUGGUGCGUCUGCUGGCGUCUGUGUGUAUGCAGGUGGAUAAGGAGAAGCUGAAGCAGCAGAGGAAGACACCCCUCCUGCGCUCCAAGAGCCGCCAGUCUCUCAACAUGCCCCUCCCCCCAGAUGACAGGGGGGGCCUCAAGUCCUGGUGGAACCGCAUGUCCAAUCGCUUCCGCCAUUUGAAACUGACCCACACCCUGAGACACGGCCUCUCCACCAAUCGGCUGACUCCAUUCUCCGAUGAGCCCGAGCCUUCACUGGACAGAACCAUGAAGGCGGACUGGAAGAGAAGCAACGCUCCUGCCACAGGCCCCAAUGGAGCUGUAGCGACCUCUAGUGGACAACCCACGCAAGACAUCAGUACUGCAUGGGCACCAAAGAGCAGAGAUACUGGUAUUGGAAGAACUGGCUCUGAAAAAGACGACAUUCUCAUCACAACAAUGUUGAGGAACGGUGCACCACUCACCCAGCUGCCCAAUGACAAGCUGAAGGCGGUGAUCCCGCCCUUCCUGCCCCCCUCCAACUUUGAGCCGUGGAACUCUGACCGCUCGCGCCUGCUGAAGGAGGGCAAGACGGCCGAGCCCUCACGACUGUCCAUGCCACAGAGGCCCAGCAAGGCCAACUUCAACAGUAGCGGCAACUCUGACAUCACGUCCAUUAGCCGUGUGGUGAGCAGCAGACCCAGUAGGUUCCCCAGCAUUGGCAAAGGCCCCUCCUCCUCCCCCUCCAACUCUGGGAACUACAACUCCCCUCACUCCUCAGGAGGCUCCAACGGGGUCGCAGGGGUCAACCGACACACCUCCGACUCUCACAACCGCUCAGGGGGCAGUGGUGCGGACAGUGUGCUCUCCCAGAUCGCUGCCCACCGGAGGAGAGCUGCAGGGCUGCAGGACGCCAAGGCCACUGCCCCGGAGACGCCAUGCCCCACCCCACUACCUGUGCUGCACUCCGCACCCACCCUCCCCGAGAUCAGCCUGCCCGACAUCCACAGCACCCAUCACCUGAUCGGAGGAGACCUACAGACCCGCCGGAAGGUGGACCUGAAGAAGCGUCCUCAGUCGGGCAACUCGUCCACCUCCAAGAGCACGUCCCCCACGCUGACGCCAUCCCCCUCCCCGACCCCCAAGCCUCCAGGGGGCGACUCCCUGUCCUCCGCCUCCUCCCACCCGCGCUCCAAGAGCAGCGGAGGCUCCAGCAGCGGCACCAUCACAGACGAGGAUGAGUUGACGGGCAUUUUGAAGAAGCUCUCCCUGGAGAAGUAUCAGCCCAUAUUUGAGGAGCAAGAGGUGGACAUGGAGGCCUUCUUGACCCUGACGGACGGGGAUCUGAAGGAGCUGGGUAUCAAGACGGACGGCCCCCGGCAGCAGAUCUUGGCCGCCAUCUCGGAGCUCAACGCUGGGAAGGGGAGGGAACGGCAGAUCUUACAGGAAACCAUCCACAACUUUCAGUCAUCGUUUGGGAGCAGUGCCAGCAACCCUCGACCGCCAGGCUACCCUCGAUCUCCAACCGGCUGGACCCGGCACCAGGUACGCACUCCCAACAAGAGGUAGCGUUGGCAGCCAAUCACAGAUGGACUUUUCCCAUCGAGGGCCUCUGAAGUCAUGUUGAAGUCAUGUGACCCGACUCUACGGGUUCUUAUUGGUGGACGAGGUUCUCUUAGACGCCAGUGUCCCAGAGCACCUGAGUGUGUGUGAGGACAUUGCAGCUCAGCACUUAUCUGCCCCCCUGUCCCCCAACCAACUCAAGGGGUCUCCGCUGCGGCCGAGGAGGGCAGGACGUGAGGUAGAGGGCGUGGUCAAGGGUAACACCCCCCCUCCCCAGUUUACGGUCACCAGGACAGAGCACCUUCAAUAGAGUCAUGUGGCAUGUUUCUGUUGAGGGGCACAAGAGGACAUGGUUGUCCUUACAUGUAAUGGACACCAGGUGGCGACAGAGGGCUUGCAAAAGAUGCCACAGGAGGCAGAAAGGUCAUUUUAGGUUUUCUCCUGUAAAGUAUCAUAUGGUCAGUGCCAUAUGGGCAGGAAUGCUUCGAGGGUCAUUGAGAGGGACGCAGAGUGCAAGCCAUGGGCGAGAGACACAGGAGAGAAGAGG